AUGUAUGACCUAGAAGGAGAAACAUUGUAUUCAGUCAAAUGGUACAAGAACGGGCACGAGUUCUUCAGGUAUUUACCCAAAAGCAAACCAAAAAUACAAGUUUUCGAAAAACAAGGCAUUUAUAUUGACAUCGAUAAAUCAAAUUCUAAUGAAGUCGUGCUCAAGUCUUUAGAACUGUCAAGUAGUGGAACUUAUAGGUGUGAAGUGUCGGCGGAGGCUCCGUCGUUCAAAACCGUAUUCCAAGACAGAGAUAUGAUUACAGUGGCAGAAGGUCCACAGAUCGCCGGUCUUCACCACGAAUACAAUGUCGGGGACACUGUAAACGCCAACUGUACGUCGAGUAAGAUGCAAUUUCACGCCCAGCUCAUUUGGUACAUAAACAAAGAAAAGGCCAACUCUACGGUUGUACAAGGGCCGUACUACAAGGAGCACUUCACAGGUAGCGAACGACUUGUGACAACUGUACUUGGACUCAGUUUUAAUGUGACCGAUGGUCAUUAUAAGAGUGGUGAAAUAUAUCUGAAAUGUGCGACUAGACUUGCUUCAUUUUAUUUACACUCAGAUGAAAAAGUUGUUAAGUUCACCAAACGGCCUCCUACAGAAUCAAUAAUUUCUAACCAAGUUCAACAGGCUAAAAUACAAGAUAAAACUUCAAUCAGUGUACAAAACACACCAAACAUUAUUCAUCUGGCAUGUGUUUUGCUGUUCUGUCUGCGAAUCAACAGAAAUGUACAAGUUGCAUACUAA